AUGUUAGGCAUGAGUUUGUUUCUAGCCUAUCUUAAUAAAGGAGUAGUAUGCAAAUUGACCAUCACUCCAACACACAAGAUAGCUGCCCCCAUGUGGAUACAAGAUGACUGCCACAAGAUGGCCAGCAGGGGAGGGCAGUUAGAGAAGGGCAAUGUGGGUGAUCAGGCCAGCAGGGGAGGGGAGCUGAGAGUACCAGGCCUGCAAGGAAGGGCAGUUAGGGUUGAUCAGCCCUGCAGGGAAGGGCAGUUAGGGGUGACCAGGUGGCAGAGGAGGGAAGUUGGGGGCAACCAGGCCUGCAGGGGAGGGCAGUUUGGGGGGAACCCAUAUUAG